CCAGCAGGUUCCAUCAAUUCUGGGCGAAUUUGACUCCACUUGGCCGGGAUGAACUCCACCCACCAGCCUGGGAUGCACACUUCUCUCCACUUCUGGAACCACAGCGCCUACAGACCGCACAGCAAUGCCAGUGAGCCCUUGGGGAAAAGCUACUCUGAUGGAGGCUGCUACGAGCAACUUUUUGUCUCUCCUGAGGUCUUUGUGACUCUGGGUGUCAUAAGUUUGUUGGAGAAUAUUCUGGUGAUUGUGGCCAUAGCCAAGAACAAGAAUCUGCACUCCCCCAUGUACUUUUUCAUCUGUAGCCUGGCCGUGGCGGAUAUGUUGGUGAGCGUGUCCAACGGAUCAGAAACCAUUGUCAUCACUCUAUUAAACAGUACAGAUACGGACGCACAGAGUUUCACCGUGAAUAUUGACAAUGUCAUUGACUCGGUGAUCUGUAGCUCCUUGCUUGCAUCCAUUUGCAGCCUGCUUUCAAUUGCAGUGGACAGGUACUUUACUAUCUUUUAUGCUCUCCAGUAUCAUAACAUCAUGACAGUGAAGCGGGUGGGUAUCAUCAUAACUUGUAUCUGGGCAGCUUGCUCAGUCUCGGGCAUCUUGUUCAUCAUUUACUCAGACAGCAGUGCUGUGAUCAUCUGCCUCAUCACCAUGUUCUUCACCAUGCUGGCUCUCAUGGCGUCUCUGUACGUCCACAUGUUCCUCAUGGCCAGACUUCACAUUAAGAGGAUCGCUGUGCUCCCCUGCACGGGCACCAUCCGCCAAGGUGCCAACAUGAAGGGAGCUAUUACCUUGACCAUUUUGAUUGGGGUCUUUGUUGUCUGUUGGGCGCCAUUCUUUCUCCACUUGAUCUUCUACAUCUCUUGUCCCCAGAAUCCAUACUGUGUAUGCUUCAUGUCUCAUUUUAACUUGUAUCUCAUACUGAUCAUGUGUAAUUCCAUCAUCGAUCCUCUAAUCUAUGCUCUCCGGAGCCAAGAACUGAGGAAAACCUUCAAAGAGAUCAUCUGUUGCUUUCCUCUAGGGGGCCUCUGUGAUUUGUCCAGCAGGUAUUAA